AUGUGCCAUGUUGUUGUUGCUGCUGUGACUGCUCGUCCAAAGCCUGUGGGUGUGGGGCAGUGGAACGGGCAGUGCCGGACAGUCACUCGGGCAUGGGCACAGGCUUCAGGCCUGGGCACGGGCUCGGGCUCAGGCCGGGAACGUCCCCAGGCCCACGGUUCAGGUUCUGGUGCUGGUUCGGGCUCUGGUACCACCACCACCACCACCACCAGCAGCACCGCCAACGCCCCCACACCCUCACCCGAUCUCUAUCUUCGCGUACCCUAUCUGGACGGCAAAUGGCUGCGCGCCGAUCUCAUUUCGUCCCCGCGCAACGCCUCCGAGGGCGCAGUGCUGUGGAAUCACUUGAUCCCGGACUGCGAACUGGUCUCCUCACCCUCGGCCGCCCUUGUGAAUGCACGCGGCCAGCUCUCCUACCUGGGGGACAAUGGCAAGCACUACUGCGGUCCCCAGCAGCUCAAGUGCUCCUGCUGCCAGCCAGGCUGCAGCCCCCUGUCCGCCUGCAACUGCGACAGCUGCCGGCCCCUGGACUCGGACACGGCCAUCAAGAAGCUGACCUCAGCCACCACCCAGCAGCAGCCCGCCCACAGCAGCCAAGCCACCAAUCUGAUUCUCAGCAGCUGGCUCUGGAGCCAGCCGCCUGUGACCACCGAACAGGACUGCCAGCGCACACUGAUCGCCGAGCUGCAGGAACUGGCACUGCAGGCAGCCGGCAACUUCCCCGCCCAGCAUGUGCGGCAGCAGCUCAUCUGCGAACGCUGCUAUGUGGCCCUGAAGCGCCAUCGCCAGCAGUCGAGCAGCAGCAGUAGCGCCGCCAGCGGCACAGCCAACGCCAUCGCCAUAACAACGACCAUAAGCAACGCCGUGGCAGGUGCUGCAGCUGCUCCUGCCCCAGGAGGCGGAUCAGCCGGAUCGUGCCGCCUGGGACUGGCACGCGUGGCCACGCGAGCGGCACUCAACUUUAGUUUUGCCUUCCUGCGUCGUGCCUGGCGCUCGGGAGACACGGAGAUGUGCAGCGAAGUUGUGAGCGAGGCGCUGGAGUCGCUGCAGGAGCUGCCCGAGGCGACGCUCUUCGAGGCGGCCGAAGUGUCGCCGCUCUGGAUGAAAGUGAUGGAGCGCUAUAAGUUCCUGCGCCUGGUGGCCCUCGGGGAUCAUGGAGGCCAUUGUACGGCGCCGCUGAACAAUCCCACAGCCCUCUGUCUGCUGCUGGAGCUUGGCGUGCAGAAGGGCACGUUGGCCGCCAGCCUCGAGUGUGUCAUGCUGCUGCUGGUGCUCUGGGAGAAGGAUAAGGCGGGCAACGACAACCGGGACAUGCACAGGAAGACGGGCGCCCCGUUGCUGCGCAUUCUGCAGCGCUACCAGCGGAUCGGACACACAGCCAAGGCUGGGGGUCUGCCAAGCGGCGAGUCCUUGUCGCUGCCGGUGGCGAGCGCCACCGAGACCUUUCUGCGGUUCCUCAUGCUGCCGAGCGGUGCGGCGAUUGUGGAUCUUCAUCGUGCCGCUGUCGUCAUAAUUUCCCACUUGGAUCAGCUUGUCCAGCCGCUAAUGCCGCGAUGUCUCCCCGCCGGAACUAUGCUCGUCCACUCUCAUGCCAGCGCCAGCGCCAGCAGCAGCUGCAACUCAUCCUCGCCCCGACAGCGGGUCUAUGCUCUGGGCUGGCCCGGCCUGUUCAAGGAGCGGCACGGCUUCAAUGCCGAGCCAGCCCUGAGCUGGAGCAGCAAUCCCUCCACGCUGCCGCUGCUCAACUGCAAGUUCCCAGGUGCAGCAGAUAGUCUGCAGCGAGAGCACGUGCUCAUCCUCAGCGAGAAGGGGAAGCUUUGCCGCUGGCGGAUAUUCGAGCCGGAGACGGAGCCGCAGCUGCUGGAGGAGAUCGCCCACGAGACGAUUGUCAGCAUUGCCGCGCACUGCGAGGGCCGCCACUUUAUGGCCAUCGAUAUUAAUCGUAACGAUGGCGAGGAUCAUCGCCUGGGGCAUGGCAACACCCAUGCCCGGUCCACGCCCGCCAAGAUCACCACACUGGAUCGAUGCGUGAAGGCUGUGUUCUGCGGCUGCUCCUACAGCGCGGCCAUCACCUGCAGCGGCAACCUGUACACCUGGGCGGGCGCCUACGCCCGGCUGGGGCAUGGCAACUCGGACGACCAGCCGCUGCCCACCGUUGUGCUGGCCCUCACCGAGCACGAAAUCAUCGAUGUGGUUGGCAGUGGCAACGCCAUUCCCUGUGCCUCACCUCCAAGGGUCAUGUAUGCCUGGGGCGAUGCCGACUACGGCAAGCUGGGCAAUGGCAUGAACGGCUCCAUGUCGCCCGUGCUGGUGGAAUCGCUGCCCAAAGUGCAGCGCGUCUUUGCUGGCGCUCAGUUCUCGCUGGCCCUCACCAAUAGGCAGCUCUACAGCUGGGGCAAGGCCGGCUGUCUGGGCCAUCAGCUGGUGGAGCGGAGUGCGCAAUGGUGCAGCGUACCCAGACUGAUCAGCGGUUUGCAGCGUAAAAGAAUUGUCGAUGUAGCUGUGGGCAUCCCGCUGAUUGGCCCUCUCAGCUGCGGGGAAGUAUUCGGCUGGGGACGCAACGACAGCCAACAGAUAUGUCCUUCCUCCGUUUCCGGUGAGCCGCUGCUGCGCAUGCCCGCUACUGGUGGCCCUGCCACGCUGGCGAGCGGUGUGGCCUGCACCGGCCAGAGCUUGAUCUGGACCCGAAGCAGCCGCCAGGGUGUGCCCGCUGCGCUCCCCUUUGUGAUUGCCGGAGAGCCGACAUUCCGGCUGCUCGACCAGCUCUUGAGCGUUAGCAGCCAGGACAACCGGCAGACGCCCACAGAGUCCGAGUGCAUAGCCGUCGCCUGUCUCAAUCUCGUGCGGCUGCAGCUGCUAGCGCUGAUCACCAAUGGCGUGGAGCCGCGCCAGGUGGGCCUGGCCAGUGGCGGCCGGCUGCUGGGCAGCCUCAAGAGCCGCAUCCUGAGCCUGGCGGGAGGUAGUCAAGUGCUGCGCACCAUCCAAGUGGCCACCGAGCAGGCCCUGCAGGGUGAUGAUCCUCUGGAUCCCGAUGGAUGGAGUGUGUUGCCGACGGCAGCGGAGCGUGCCCAGACAUCGACAUCGCUGCUGCCUCGGAGCCGAGCAGGCCUCCUGCUGGGCCACCGUUUCAUGACGGAUCUGCUGGUGAGCUCCCUGAUGGCCGAGGGUGGACUGGAGUCGGCGCUGCAGCAUGCCAUACGUCUCGAGAGCCGCUCCUAUGCAGCUGAGUGCAUGGACGGGAUCGAUCUGCCGCUGAUGCAGCUGAUCACGCGGCUGCUGGGCAACAAUGCGGCCCUCACCCAGACGCGUUUCGCGCCCACCCUGGGCGGCAAGCAGCAGCAGCGUCUGCUGCAGCGUCGGCAGCAGGAGAAGAAGAGGAUAGGGAGCAUCGCCAUGCAGGAACCCAGCACAAGUCCCAGUCUGAGUCUGUUGCAUCGCUUCCAGCGCCUGCUGCUGGCCCACAUCAUCAGGCCGAUCGAGGAGGAUACCACGGGCGCCGAGGCGCUGCUCGACCAAUAUUGCACAGCCUGAUCCCCGCCUGCGUGGCCACGCUGCCAGCAAGCCCACGAACUGGCCCUGCAGUGCCGGAUGCAGGCGAUCAUCCCCCAGCCAGCAGGCGCGUCACCUAACGCGCAUCCUCAGGCGGACAUCUCCGAUGCGCUGCUGCACGAGCUGCUGGUGGGUCUGGUGCUGCUGAAGCACGACCGACCCCAGUGCCUGGGCAGCCUGCGCUGGUCGCGACUCUUUCUGCCCCCUCGCAUCCUGGACAGGCUGAAUCGAGCGCUCGGCGAGGGCGAGCUGCGCGAUGGCGACAACAUGGGCUGGCCGGGUAUUAUCUCCCGUGGCGGACCCGAAGGCGGACCCCCGCCUGCCGAUCCGGAGACGCACUAUGUGACAUCCGGUAUGGAGAACCAGCUGCUCGACGGCAGUCGCUGCAUCGUUCUGACGGGCUAUGUCUGUGACCUGAGCAGCUACCAGCUACAAAUGGAGACGCUGAAAGGCCUGCUGAACACGGGUCUGGGCAAGGAUCUAACAGCGGAGAUGAGCAGCCAGCAGGCGCACAGGAAUGCCAUGGAGCACGUCCUGCAGCAUCACAAGCUGGGCAAAUACAUGGCCCAGGCCACCACGAGGAGAAGGUCAAUCCCCUGCCCCCAACGACUCACCCACUUCAGUUCGGAGUGCACGCUGGCCCAGCUGCUGGGCAUUGUGGCCGAUCUGAUCUGCAGCGGUCCCGCGCUGCAGCCGGCAGAGCUGCAGUGCCGCCAGCUGGACGACGCGCUGCUGAGCAGCGGCCUGCAGCUUCAGCCCGGCAAUCCCUUUGACGAGGAGAAGGGCGAGGCGCGCAGCAGUCUGCCGAAUAGCUCCCACGGCACGGCCGGCAACGCCACGGAGCAGCCACCGGCCACCACACUGCAGCCGCUGGGCAUGCAGCCCCUUCAGACCCAGCAGCUGACCCAGCAGCCGCCGCCAGCCAAAUCACAGCUGCGGCGGCGCGCGGAUGGCUUCAUCAGUGGCCUGGCCGAGCGGCUCAGCGAGCCACCGGUAGCCGCCUGGCUGGCGCUCACCGAGCGCUGCUGCAAGGCCCACAAUCUGAUGUGGCAUCAGGAGUUUGCCACCGAGCAUCCCAUCCAGGAGCUGGAGCGUCUGCUGAGCGCCGUGCUUCGGCGUCGGUAUCUGGGCGCAAUGGUGGUGAUUGCCUCGAGGAUUGCGCGUCGGCACCGCCAACGACAGCGGAUGAAGAGGGAUGUGCCGCCACAGGACAUCCCCGAGCAGCUGGGGGAGAUCAUCCAGCUGGUGCAUCAGGCCAAGUGGUCGGUGGUACGGACACGACAGCAGCAGAACCGCAGUAGGAAAGUAUGCGCCCCCAUACUGGAGCGUCUGCGAUUUCUCUUGUACGAGGUGCGGCCAGCCAUCAGUCCGCAGCAGCGGGUGCAUCGUCUGCAGAUUCUGCAACGGCUGCCGCGAUUCCGUUUGCUGGUGCGACGCCUGCUGCAGGACUACUGCGCUUCGCAGCAGUCAGCAAGGGAAGAUCUGCUGAAUGCCACAUUCAACAGCGAGCAGGAAAAGAAGCCGCCACCGCCACUGGCAACGCCGCCGCCGAGCAGCAGCAGCAACACAGCACCUGCUCGACGCUCAACGACGAAAGAUCAUGGCGAGGGCGAGCUGGAUGGCGUGCUGAUGCAGGACAUUGUGGACUUUGCCCUACAGGACAGCUGCGACGUGGAGACGGCCCGCCGGGCCGUGUGCUGCCGGAUGCAGCGCUUUCAGCUGCGUCUCGCUGGCCUCCAGCUGGUGCGGCCUCUUGAGCUGCACGGCCUCCUGGCAGCCCGAUACAGUCUCCUCAAUGGGUUCCUUGGCCUUCAUCUGAAGUCGUCCCCAUUCUGCAGCAGCAGCAACAGCAGCAGCGUCGGCAGCAGCAGGAGGAUCGGAUCCGGAUCAGGCAGCUCGCUGCAUGCUCUGGGGCAACUGAAUAUGGUCACCUAUCAGAAGGCCAGGCUGCUGCUCUCCCAGGCUCACGUCCUGGACUGGGCCGUGCACAAACUGCGGCGUCUGGUCAACCAGGAGCAGCAGGGCUCGACACGCGCAGGGACAGCUCCCGACCUGAGCACCUAUGUGCUGCUGAAACGCUCUGCCGCGCGCCCGCUUCUCCUGAGCGUGUUCGGUCUGCUGGCCAAGGAGCUGGGCCCCAACGAGCUGGGACUGCUGAUCAACUCGGGCCUGCUGGGCACGGUGCUCGGCCUGCUGGCGCAGACGGGCGGCGAGGGCGUGGCCGGCGGGCAGCCCAACACCGAGCUGACUGUGCUCUACAAGGACAGUGUGAUGAAGCAGAAGUGCAGCAAGGCGCAGCUGAGCCCCGAUCUGGCCAAACUGAUGAAGAUCGGCAGAAUUGUACGUGGCUCGGACUGGAAGUGGGGCGACCAGGAUGGCAAUCCGCCAGGCGAUCGCAUCAUCAGCGAGGUGGGAGAGGAUGGGUGGGUGCGCAUCAAAUGGUACAACGCCACCAAUCUGCGCAUGGGCAAGGAGGGUCAAUACGAUCUGCAGCUGGCCGACGCCCUGAAUGUCGCCUCGCCCACAGAGCCGGAACGCGAAGAGCUGGCCGGCGUUGAGGCGUCGCCCGCAGCGAGUCCCAUCCCUUCAAUUGUUGCGCCACUGUGCGCCAAGCUGCUGCAGAUACUGGCCGUGGGCAGCGGCCUGCAUGGCGCCUACUUGGACAGGCAUGCGCUGAGGGGCGUCACCUGCAUGUUCCGGGCGAUAGUCGAUCCGAAACCGGCCAGAGACGUAGCCAACUCGCUGGGCUGGCUCAAUCUGGGCUUCAUACGAGCCAUCACAGGUGACUGUCGGCGUCUCUGUCUGGAGCUGAGCACACCCGGCUGGCGCCACUAUCUGGAGCUGUUGGAACAGCCGGCGGGCAGCGAGGCGGGCGUCUACAGGCAGCUCACCGCUGCUGCUCUGCUGCAGUGCAUUGUGGCCAGAAAAACGGAGGAGGAGCCGCGCAUGGGCAGCCUGGCGCAGCUGUUUUCCACACUGGGCCGGAUUGCCCUGCACUGUCCCGGCGAUGUGACGCUGCAGCCGACGGCCGAGGGUAAGGCACGCGUGCUGCUAACCGCCUCCCAUUCAGGCAGUGUGGCGAGAGCUGGUCUGCUGCUGCGUCGCCUGCACACGCUGCCACACUGGAAUGCGGUAAUCAAUUCGUUGGCCCAGAAGCUGUGCGUGGCCGCCGAGCUGCUGGGCGAACAGAAUGCCAGCGGCUCGCUGGACAGCGAACCGAUCUUUGUCCUCGGCGUGCUCAGUACCAUGGGCGGCUGUGAUCUGCGUCCGCGCAUGGGGACUGCAUCUGCUGUCAACGAGGGCAGCCACAUGAUCAUUGCCAGCUUUACGCACAAGGGUAGAUGCCUGCUGGCAGCCGCCACCCCAGGAAGGAUCGCCACGGGCAGCGGCAGCGGUACCGUGGGGGUUCGUGAAGGUGCCGCUGUCUCUCUGAUGCCACAUCUGGACCACAGUGUCAGCUUGAGCGCCCUGCCCAUGAACGAGAUGCUGCUGAAUGCCUGGACGGUGCUCCUGUACGGCCCCGCGACGGAGGCGCGCGAGUGUCGCCCGCCAGCGAAUGGCUCGGCGGAGGGACGCCUGGAUCUGGGCCAUCUGCGGGCACAGCAGCUGCAGCUGGCCGUGCUGCACACGAACGGCGUGCUCUAUCGCCACCAGGCGGCACUGCGACGCAUCCUCCGGCAGCGGGCGCCGGGCAUCUACGCGGCCCAAGAGGAGGAGGAGGAGGAGCACUCGGAGCGGGAGCAGGAGCAACAACAGCAGCAACAGUACAGUGCAGCAGCAGAGAGCAGCGGACGAGGCGGACAGGAGGCGCAGCUCCUGAUCCAAUGCAUCCUUCUGAGAGCCACCCCCUCGCCCGUACGGGCCUGCUACACCUACACAGAUCUCUCGACGGCUGCCCUCAACUGUGUGCAGUCGCUGGCCAGCCAGGCCCACCUCGAGCUCAGCGAAAGCGAGGCCGAAGGCUCGGCACCCAGCCCCGCCCUGGCCACACCGCCACAGCCGACCAUGGUGCACGGCGUGCCCGUCUACAAUGUGUUUAAGAUGGUGACGGCCACGAAGGAGGCUGCUGCCACCAAAUGGCCCUCCCAGGUGGCGGCCACCGAUGCGGAGCUCAUCAAUCAGAUCAUGGACAUGGGCUUCCCCAAGCGAACGGUGGAGCUGGCCCUCGAGCAGCUGUCGCUGCAGGCGGAGAUUAUGCCACCCGAGCAGAUUGUCCAGUGGACCGAGCAUCCGGAUGUGUGCGAUACCAUCGAGGAGGAUCCCCUGCCCCAGGGCAGUGGUGGGGCCAGCCACGAUCCCGAGGCAGACUCCGACAAUGAGUCGCCCAGCAGUCUGUCCAGCAGCUCCUCGGCGAAAUCCUCAGCCUCCUCGGACACCGUUGAGGGUCAGCCGGGAGCCAAUGCGGCCGCCGCCGCCGCCUCCGGUGUCGUUGCAUCGCCGCCACCGGUGAGAUUUGAGUCGCGCAAGGAUUUCCAGACGGCCGAUCACUAUGCGCUCUAUGUGCGCGGCCUGGUGCGUCCGGUGACGGUGCGCUGCUGCCGGGACUUCGAGGAGAUCAAACAGGGCGACAUGGGCACCGUGCUGAUCGUGGACACCGAGGGACUGCGAGAUCUCAACGUGCAGGUGGACUGGCGCAAUCACGGCAGCACCUAUUGGGUCUGCUUCGUGCACAUCGAGCUGGUCGAUCCGCCCCUGGGCUCUGGGCUGCUGCGCGGCUGCGAUCCGAUGUCCGCCCACCACCUGCUGCGUCCGUCCGCCGCAAUUGUGGUGGGUGCUCAGGUCCGGCCGCGCUGCUCCGCCCGCUACGGCGUCUUCAAUCAGGAUGCGGCUGGGCCGCACACAGCGCGUGCCCGGCGUCGUGACGGCGAGUCGCGGAAACAGCUGACGGUGGACUUUCCCGACCAGCCCGCCUGGCAGGGGCACAUCAACGAUGUGGAAAUGGUGGCCCUGCCACCCACACCGGCACCCAUUGCCGCCGAUCUGCAGAGCGCCCAGGUGGCGCCCAGUGACUUGAGAGACUGGAGCCGCUGCAUACGCUCGCUGACGGUCAGCUCGAAUGAGGCGGCGGCCAAGCAUCUGCUGGACGGCAUCGGCGAGACGUGGCAGAGCUGCUCGAGCGGGCCGUGUCGCCACUGGAUACGCCUGGAGCUGCACGACCGGAUACUGGUGCACAGCCUGGCGCUGCGCGUGAGUUCGAGAUUAUCGCACAUGCCCUCGCUGCUGGAGAUCCGUGGCGAGUGCGUCGACAGCCUCGAAGAGUACACGUGGAUACCGGUGCCCGCGGGCAGUCGGGUGCUGCUCAUGCAGCAGGUGCCCACCUACCCUCCCUGGAUCGAGAUCGUGGUAAAGCAGUGCCAGAACAACGGCAUCCAGUGCAAGGUGCACGGCCUGCAGUUCGUAGGGCGGCGCCAGAAGCCCGAUCUGCACCACAUGCUGGCCAAUGCGCAGUUCCUGGCCUGCGAAUACAAUGGCCCGGCGGGAGCGACGGCAGGCCCCGCCAGCGUCUCCUGCACGGCUCCGAACACGGAAUGGUGUCUGCUCCGGAUCCCGGAUCUGCCCUGCACCGUGAUGGUGUGGGGCCUGAACGACAAGGAGCAGCUGGGCGGCCUCAAGGGCUCCAAGGUGAAGGUGCCCCAUUUCUCGCAGACCAUCAGCCGGCUGCGUCCCAUCCACAUAGCCGGCGGCUCCAAGAGCCUCUUCGUUGUUGGGCAGGACCGCAAGGUAUGCGCCUGCGGCGAGGGCACCAACGGACGCCUCGGCCUCGGCGUCACACACAAUGUGCCGCUGCCGACCAGCUGCCGGUGCUGCAUCAGUAUGUUCGUCAAGAAGGUGGCCGUACACUCGGGCGGCAAGCAGCUCGCCCUCACCCUGGACGGCAAGGUGUUCUCGUGGGGCGAGGGCGAGGACGGCAAGCUCGGCCACGGCAACAGGACGACGCUGGACAAGCCGCGACUGGUGGAGACGCUGCGCUCGAAGAAGAUCCGUGACGUGGCCUGCGGCUCAUGCCAUUCGGCGGCCAUCUCCAGCCAGGGUGAGCUCUACACGUGGGGCCUGGGCGAGUACGGCCGCCUGGGACACGGCGACAAUGCCACACAGCUGAAGCCCAAGCUGGUGGCUGCCCUGACCGGCAGACGGGUCAUUCAGGUGGCCUGCGGCAGCCGAGAUGCCCAGACGCUGGCCCUCACCGAGGACGGGGCUCUUCUGUGGGGCGACGGCGAUUUCGGCAAGCUGGGACGCGGCGGCAGCGAGGGAUCGGACACGCCGCACGAGAUCGAACGCCUCUCGGGCAUCGGCGUCAUUCAGAUCGAGUGCGGAGCGCAGUUCUCGCUGGCCCUGACGCGCGCCGGCGAGGUGUGGACCUGGGGCGAGGGCGACUACUUCCGGCUCGGCCAUGGCGGGGAUCAGCAUGAAAAGCCGCAGCCCAUUGGCGGCCUGCGCGGACGUCGCGUCAUCCAUGUGGCCGUCGUGCUGCAUUGUCUGGCCGUAACGGACGCCGGCCAGGUGUACGCCUGAGGGACAACGACACGGCAGCAGGGCAGCGGCAACACGUUCGUCAACAAGAAGCCCGCGCUGGUGAUUGGCCUGGACGCGGUGUUCGUGAAUCGUGUGGCCUGCGGCAGCUCAUCGAUUGCCUGGGGCCUGCCGAUGCCACCCUCAGGAGAGAAGCGCGGCCCCGUGCCCUUUGGCAGCACACGCGAUCCGCUCGGCGGCAGCAGUCUGGGCAUCUACGAGGCGGAGGCGGCCGCCGCUGCCGGCGCCCUCAAGCAGGACGCCAAGCCGGCCACACUGACCAGCCUGAGCGAGAGCCUGGCCCUGGAGACGCCAGCCGCCAGGCAGGCGGCCCUCGGUCAUGCUCGCGCCAUGGACGUGCUGCAGGCGCGGCAGCUCAUUGUGGCGGCCCUCACCAGCCACAGCAGGGUGAACUACAAGGAGCGCGGCGAGCAGCGGGCGGGAGCGGCGCAGGAGCAGCGGGCGAAGAGGAUCAGCUGAUGGGUGCCAGCGGCAUGGGAGGGUGCCAAUGCCGCCGGCGAACCGAUAGCCCAGGGCGGCGGAGAGGCGCCCGCAGAUGCCACGGAUGCAGCCCUCCAAAUGGAGCACAGUCCCGACGCCCAAAUCGAAGCCAUAGCAGUGGCAGCCGGUGCAGGAUCUGCCACAGCUACGCUGCCGGCGCCACUGGCUGCCGGACCGCUGAGCGCCUUCCAGAGCCUCACCGGAUCGCUGUCGAUGUCUGGAUCGCUGUCGAGCAGCGCCCUGCCGCCGCAGCACAAACACUCGCGGAUGUCGGCCAGCGCCAUGUCCGUGAUGGCCGCCACCAUGACCCAGCAGGAGGAGAUGCUGGCCCAGAUCAGCCACACGCACGGCCUGGACGACUUUGGCGGGCUGCUGGGCGAGCCGGAGGCCAAGAGCCUCGUGGAGCUGCUGAAGCUGGCCGUGUGCCGCUACGGACCCCCCAGCACCGCCCAGACGAUUGAGACGCUCAUCUCGCUGGGCUCGGAUGCGGCGAUUAGCUCGAUGCUGAUGGAGACAUGCAUCACGGAGCUGGAGGAUCUGUGCACGUCACGGCACUGCCUCGGCAAGCUGCCGAAGCCGGUCAUGCAGGAGAGCAGCCAUCCGUAUGUGGACGAUGUGAAUGUGACCGGAGCGGUGCGGAUACCCGGCGCAGAGAUGCUGCGCCUCGAGUUCGACAGCCAGUGCAGCACGGAGAAGCGCAACGAUCCGCUGGUAAUCACCGAUGCAGCCGGCCGUGUGCUCGCGAUGCGCUCCGGCCGCGAGUUCGCCCACUGGGCGCCCGAAAUCCGAGUGCCCGGCGACGAGCUGCGCUGGAAAUUCACCUCGGACAGCUCGGUGAACGGCUGGGGCUGGCGCUUCUGGGUGCACGCCAUAAUGCCAGCGGCGACGCUCGGCGAGAGCGGCUCGGAUCGCGUGCUGUCGCAGCCAUCGAUGGCGCUGGUCAUGGCGCUGCUGGACUCCCUGGCGCCCAGCCAGCAGGGUGUGCUCAUCCGCCUGGCCUCGGCGCUGGCCGCCUUCCAGCUGGGCGCCCUCACCAGCCAGCGGAUCUGGUCACUGAAGAAACUGCACGCAGUGCUGCUGCUCGACCAGGCGCCCAAGCCGCAGGAUCCCACGCUGGCGGGCAUCCUGCAGCCGCAUCCCGAGCUGUUGCGCCAGUACGAGUACGAGGAGCCGCAGGUCCGUGGCGGCAUCCAUCUGAUGCAUUCGGAUUACUUUGAGACGCUGGCCGCGCUCACCUCUGACAUGCAGCUGGAUGCCUCGCUGCCAGCGCCCGUACUGACAACAACAGCAGCAACAACAGCAGCAGCAAUCUCUGGAACAGCAGCAGGAGGAGCACGCCAACUCAACGGGGAUGGACACAAGUGGGCCUGGUUCAAGCGCUACUGCAUCGCGGUGCGCGUGGCCCAGUCGCUGAUACGCCGCACAGAGCUGCCGCGUCCCUUCUGCCUGGAGGUGCGCAAGAAGUUCGCCGAGAUGCUACCGAUCCAAUCCGUGCCAGCAACACCAGCCAGUCGCACUCCCCCGCUCGCCUCCAUGCUCAACUCGACCACGUCGCUGUCCUACACCGCCAGCAAUUUGACACCGCCGCCGCCACCCAUUCUGCUGGCCGAGCACCAGGAGCACCUGGCCCUGCUCCACUGUCCGUCCCAGCAGCAGCAGCAAUCGGAGUCCUCUUCCCUUGUGCUGUUGCACGAGGAUCACACGCUGUUCCAGGCGCCACACGAUGCCCAGCUGCUGCAGUGGCUCAAUCGACGGCCCGACGACUGGGCGCUCAGCUGGGGCGGAGCCAGCACCAUCUACGGCUGGGGCCACAACCAUCGCGGGCAGCUUGGCGGGCUGAAAAGGGACCAUAAGACACCGACACCCUGCGAGGCGCUCAGCCUUCGGCCCGUGCAGCUGGCCGGCGGAGAGCCCCUGUUCGCCGUCACGCCCGACGGGAAGCUCUUCGCCACCGGCUACGGCUCCGGCGGCAGGCUGGGCGUGGGCGGUGCCGACAGCUGGGCCAUACCCACGCUGCUGGGCUCCCUGCAGCAUGUGUUCGUCAAGAAGGUGGCCGUCAACUCCGGCGGCAAGCACUGCCUGGCCCUCACCACCGAGGGCGAGGUGUACGCCUGGGGCGAGGGCGAGGACGGCAAGCUCGGGCACGGCAAUCGGAUGAGCUACGACCGCCCGAAGCUGGUGGAGCAUCUGAACGGCAUGAAUGUGGCGGACAUUGCCUGUGGCAGCGCCCAUUCGGCGGCCAUCACCGCCAGCGGACACGUCCUCACGUGGGGCGAGGCCGCUCACGGACGCCUGGGACACGGCAACUCAAGGGUCAGCUGCGGCCCGCAGCUGGUGGAGGCGCUGCUCGGCUAUCGGGCCAUUGACAUUGCCUGCGGAUCGGGCGACGCCCAGACGCUGUGCAUCACGGACGACGACAAUGUGUGGAGCUGGGGCGACGGCGACUACGGGAAGCUGGGACGCGGCGGCAGCGAUGGCUGCAAGCCCUACAAGAUCGAGAGCCUGGCCGGCCUGGGCGUCGUCAAGGUGGAGUGCGGCUCACCGUCGGUGGCGCUCACCAAAUCGGGCGCCGUCUACACAUGCGGCAAGGGCGACUUUCAUCGGGCUGGGCCACGGCUCCGGGACCAUGUGCGGCGGCCCAAGAAGGUGGCCGCCCUGCCAAGAAAUUUCUCGAUAGCCACCGGCUCGCUGCACUGUGUCGCGUGCAGCGAUUCGGCGAUCUGACACGUGGGGGACGACGAUGAGGGACAGCUGGGCGAUGGCACGGUCACCGCCAUCCAGCGGCCGCGCCUCGUCGCCGCCCUCCAGGGCAAGCACAUUGUGAAGGUCACGUGCGGAUCGGCCACCCUGGCCCUGUCCACGUCGCAGCUAAGCGAAGGGCUGCGUCCGCUGCCCAAUCCACCGCUGGAAUACGAUCUGGUGCGCGAUCUGGCGCCCGAGGCACUACACGCGCGCCUCAUUCUGCUGCGUCACUUCUCGGAGCUGCUGUGCCCGUGACUGGCCAUGCUGCCGAGCGGGGACCUCAGCCUGGGCGCCCUCAAGGAUGUGCUCGUGUACAACGUCAAGGAGGCGGCCUUCCGCAAGGUCAUCCAGACGACAAUGGUGCGGGACAAGCAGCACGGGCCGGUCAUCGAGCUGAACCGCAUCCAGGUGAAGCGAUCGCGCAGCCGCUGCAACGGCCUCGCCGGCAUCGAUGGCAUGAAGAGCGUCUUCGGUCAGAUGGUCCAGAAGCUGCCGCUGCUCACCCAGGAGGCGCUUGCCUUGCCGCAUCGCGUGUGGAAGGUCAAGUUCGUCGGCGAGAGCGUCGACGAUUGUGGCGGCGGCUACAGCGAAUCCAUCGCUGAGAUGUGCGACGAGCUGCAGAAUGGCAGCGUGCCGCUGCUGAUCAACACGCCCAAUGGACGCGGCGAGGCGGGCGCCAAUCGGGACUGCUUCCUGCUGGAUCCCACGCUCGGCUGUCUGCAGAUGAACAUGUUCCGCUUCCUGGGCGUCCUAGGCAUUGCCAUGCGCGCGGGCUCCCCGCUGAGCAUCAAUCUGGCGGAACCCGUUUGGCGACAGCUGACGGGCGAGGUGCUGCGUCCGCCGGACCUCACCGAGGUGGACCGCGACUAUGUGGCCGGUCUGCUGUGCAUACGCAACAUGGACGACGAUGCCGAACUGUUCAACACGCUGGAGCUGCCCUUCUCCACGUCGUCGGCGGGCCAUGAGGUGCCGCUCUCCACCAGAUACACGCACAUCUCGCCACGGAAUCGGGCCGAGUAUGUCCGGCUGGCGCUCAGCUUUCGGCUGCACGAGUUCGAUGAGCAGGUGAAGGCGGUGCGGGAUGGCAUGUCCAAGGUGAUACCAGUGCCAUUGUUGUCGCUCUUCUCCGCCGCCGAGCUGCAGGCCAUGGUCUGCGGCUCUCCCGACAUACCGCUCGGUCUGCUCAAGUCGGUGGCCACCUACAAGGGCUUCGAUCCGGGCUCGGCACUGGUCGCCUGGUUCUGGGAGGUCAUGGAGGAGUUUACCAAUCAGGAGCGCUCGCUGUUCCUGCGCUUUGUGUGGGGACGCACACGACUGCCGCGCACCAUAGCCGAUUUCCGUGGCAGGGACUUUGUGCUGCAGGUGCUCGAAAAGAAUCCGCCCGAUCAUUUCCUGCCCGAGAGCUACACUUGCUUCUUCCUGCUUAAGAUGCCGCGUUACUCCUGCAAGGCGGUGCUGCUGGAGAAGCUCAAGUAUGCCAUACACUUUUGCAAGAGCAUCGAUACGGAUGAGUAUGCACGCGUGGCCAUGGGCGAACCCACCGAGGCGACUGGCAGCGAGGAUAACAGCGAUCUGGAGUCGGUUGCCAGCCACGAUGGCUAAUUGGAGACCACAACAACAGCCACAAACAGAGCGUAUAACGAACGAAUCUCUAGAGGAGCAGAUCUUAGAUCCAUUUAGUAGAUGGUUGGAUGGAUGAAUCCUUCUCACUCGAUAACCCACUCGCACACUCUCACUCAUUCCAUGGAUAUUUAGGACACACACAAAAAGCCUUCGCACACGUACACAAUGCAUAACACGUGCACACAUAAAUACACACACACACACAUACAUAUAGUAGUACAUACACACGCAUCUAUAUACAUACAUAUAUGGGUAUAUAUAUAGUAAUAUAUUUUGAAUUAGCCCAUGCCACAGAGCAAGAUAGAGCAUAGACAGCGAUGAAACAGAAAGAGAACGAGAUACAGAUAGAGAUAGAGUCAGAGAUAGAGACAGAGACAAAAGUAAGUAAAGAGAAUAGCAGUGAAAGAUAUGAGACAGAUCGAUGGAGCGUUCAUGAAACCAAAAAGCUAAGCGUUAAUGUUAUUUCCAUAAUAUAUAUUAAUAUUACAUAUAUACGUAUGCCAGCAAACGGGGGGUGUUUGCACAUGAUAAAUCUAAAUAUAAAUGUUAGUUGAAGUAAAACCCACUCCACUUCCACAUCUCAUAAUUAUACCUACCAGCCACCAGCCACACCCACACCAGGCUUUAGCGUUAGACCAACCCAAGCCAACCCAACCCAACCCAUCCAAAACCGAAUGAGAAGCAAACUCAUCUUACCACUAGAACAGUUGAUGGAUUGUUAUCCAUGGCAGUAGAGAUCCAAUUAAAGUUUAAAGCAAAGAAAGAAAUGUGUUUGAAGCAACGUAAACAAAAACUCUAUUUAAAAAGUAAAACUAAAACCUAAAUAAAUA